GGCCGUGGUGGGUGGCGUAUAAGUAGAGGCCUGCAUUCGCCGCCGUUCUCAUACCCUCACCACGUCCUUCGACUACCUCUUACUUUUACAAACCGGUGUGUGCGUCUUUUCCGCUUCUCUCUCUCUCCUUUUUUUCCACGUCCCGUGUCCCUCGGUCCUCAGAGAGAGUUGGCCGCUCGAACGGGGAAGAGAGGGAAGAAAGGGAGCAAAGGAAUCGAGGUGAUCGCGCGUGAAACUUGGUAUCGAAGGUAGGACUCAGUGUUUGGUCCCGACACAGCCUCCUUUCUCAAACAUCGGCCGCAGCUGGAAGACGUGUGUCGUCUCGAGGAGAGGGCAACGAUGAUCGCGAGUGUCCGGUGACGAAACGGUGUAUAUCCGCAGAAUAUAUUCGUACUUUUGCAACGUUCUUUCUACAACGCACCACCCUUCGAGGAACGAAGGAGGUUGAGUCAAGAGAGGCUCGAACCACCGCUUGGACCGUCCAGCUGUUCGUAUCCCUUGGUAUCUUGGAGAAGGAGGAGGAGGAGGAAGAGGAGGAGAAGGAGGAAGAAGAAGAAAGAGGAAGAAGAAAGAGGAGCCAGGAGUCAUCGACAUGUGGUUGAAAGUCGCCUUGUUGAUAUCUUGCGCUGUAGCAAACACACUCGCAGACGAUGAUGCAACCGGAAGCAAAGCUUUGUCGAACGAAGAAUUCGUCACGUCUCACAAAGUGCCGGAGGAUGUAGCGCGGCCAUCCGACUACGAUGACGACGGGGACGACGACGUUGUGGACGUGGAGAGGAAGACCAUCACGAAAAAUGGGAAACACGGGAAAAAGGUUGUGGCGAAGUUCGAGAGUUUUGAUAAAAAGUUGACCGACCUCGACCCGAUCAGACGUUUCGAUUUCGUGGACGAAGACAAAACGGGUGACACAACGAAGCGGCAGGUCCGCGUCGAAUUGGAAAACUUUGGCGACACCGGGAUCCUUCAAGAGGAUGGAGUUCGAAGAAGUGACACGCACAGAUCCCGCGUAGAGAGCCACAAAGAUUCAGUGAUUCCCGGGGUGCACGUUAGUAACGAGUAUCCAACAACCAUGAUGCCAGUUCUGACGACUCCACGUGAGGCGCGUUCUUUUGAUUUUGUUCCUGUUAAUAUAAUCCGCGAUGACGGCAAAGAAACGUCCUUUCGAGAACGCAAUUUUGGCGAUUUUAGCGACGUCAGUUUAGUCCCUGCUGGCACAAAUUCGCGUAUCCAGGUAAAGAAAGGGCCAAACGGGAAGGACUACGAAUACGAGUACGUAUAUUAUUACUAUGACGAGGAGGAUGAGAAUAAGGCGGGUUCAGCGGACUCGGCGGUCACCAAUUCUUACGACGUUCCUUCUAGAACCACGUCCGCCCCUAAGCGUGGCUCCAACAGAAACAAGUACAACACCGUGGAAAGAUCGAGCACCGUGGAACCAGCCAGCAACGAAGUGAUUCCAAACAGAAAUGGCAACAACAGAGGCAGACAAUUGGUCGAAGCUGAAGACGUAUCCGAGGAAAGGCUACCGACCAACACCAGAUUCCCACCAAGGUCACGAUCGAAUCACAACACUGGAACCACGGAACCAACUAGAACUCGUGGAAAUCGUCCCAGACCUGGUUUGGACCUGGUCGAUUCCAGCAGUUUUCGUACCCAUCAAGAGGGACCAGAAUUUCCCCAAGUAUUGCCUAAAGGGCCUGUCCGAUUUUUGGGUGUCACACCGAAUGAAGAGAACGGGGAAGAGAGAACGGCGAGCAGAGGAAGAGGAAGGCCGCAACGAGUUCAAGAACCUGCUCCUGUUGAAGAGAUCAUUGAAGAAGCGCCCCUUCCUACGACCAGGAGGAGACCUAUCGCCGCCCUCUCAACAGAGAUUCCUCCUGAAUCAAACAGAGGUGAAUCUUUACAUGCAAGCGAGGAAAAAGACGAUUCCAAAGAAGAAAGUUCAUUAUCGGAGAAGAGCAAAGAUAAGCAAACAUUUUUGGAGAACAAGCAAGACUACGAAGAAUCGGAUUCAUCUUCCACAACAUCAGCGAGUAUUGCUUCAACCACGACUGAAAGUGCAACGACGGAGUAUCCAUGUUCUAUGGACAAAGUCGCGUUAGAUUUGUAUGCUUUCGUGCAACAAGGUCAAAAUAAUUUGGUAGAUGCAUCGAGCAGCGAAGCUACAGAUUCUUCUUCAGAUAAAACGACACUUUCCAGUGACGAAGCUAUUACCGAUUUGACAGCGACGACUGAAUUGUCACCAACUACUCUGGAAUCAACGACGAUAACCAAUGUAGCAAGUCUUGCAACAGAACCAGUAAUCACCACAACUGCUGCAACCACUACUACUAGCACUACUACAACUACUACCACAACUACAACUACGGAACCACCUACCACUACUACUCAAGCUCCAGCUGGAAGGGGGAAAUUUAGAAGACCUGGUAUUGGUGGAACUAAUGGAGGUACUCGAAACAGAUUCAAAUCAAACGGAAGUACAACGACGACCGAAGCACCUGUGGAACCUACACAACGCACGCGAAAUCGUUUCGGUAGCAAUGGUUCUAACGGUGGUGGUUUCAAAAGAAGUCGACCUGGACAAAAGCAAUCCAAUCCAAUUGAGGAGGACGCGGUACAAAAAGAGAGUUCGAGCUCUGUUCACGCAGAACGACCUUCUUCCACUACUCGCGGGAGAUUCCGUGGAUCUGGAGCAACGAGAUCCAUUUCGACGACAACAUCAGCACCAUCGAACGGUGGUUCAACUGCAUCUUCUAAUGGGCCCUCAGGAAUAUCGAGACCGUCUUUCAAUAAAUUAAAUAUCAACCGACGACGUGGAAGACCGACCACCACUGCUCCGAACGGUAGCGAGGAGAGCCAAGAGUCCAUUCGUUCAGAGACACCUAAGGAAACUAGUCAGGAACCGAGUACAGCGGCACCGAAAUCGACCGUUCGUUCGAGACUUCCGACAACAGGGACAAGACCGGUUAUUAAACCUGGAGCUAGAAUAAAUUUGAGACCGAAACCAGGUCAAUCGACGACCACAACUACGACACCGCUUCCUUCGGAUAACGCAGAGGAAUCGUCAAUUGAUGAACCAGCUGGAGAAGGAACUGAAGAAGAAACUCACGAGGCACCUGCAGAAACUAGCCCGCCUCCGGCACGUUCCACAACCGUCAACCCUUUGAAUAAAUUACGUAAUCGAAAUAGACUACAGGUGCAUCCUAAAACAACCACUAGAACACCAGUGCUUCUAGCAUCUAGAAGAUCACCGUUGUUACCGCGUCGUAAAGUGACCGAAGCACCGAUUGCCCAAACUAGCCAAGAAGAAAUAUCCGAAGAACCAGAUGUUUCCAGCGAAACAGAACCGUCCGAAACAGCUUCCGCAGAAACUAGUACAGCCGCAAGCACGAAACAUGAAGAAACUAGAGGUCUCAGUGGACUUUUGGCUCCAAGGCGUAGGAUAGCAACGCGGCGACCUGGACAAAUAAUUUCGAGAGAAUAGAGUGAAUACUUAAAAAAAGCUUUU